AUGAAAUGGAACAGUUGCUUUUUAUUAGCCAUUUUAUUAUUGUGCAAUAUUUAAUUAGUUGUUAAUACACCUUGUAACAGAAGAGAAGCAACAUUAACAUCAAUAAUUAGGGGAAAAUAUAAAAACGUGCUAAACUAUGACAUGGGAACAUUAAUCUCAUCUAAAUAAUAGAAUGAGUUUUCUGUAGGCAUUUAUGGCAGUUGUUUACGUGACAAUAUUUAUACUAUUACCAGUGAAUAUGGAUUUAUAUCAAGUGAAAUAGGAGAUUCAAUAAUAUUCGAUUUGUAAGAAUAAUAUGAAUUAAACACUUUAAAAAUAUGGCUUUGGGAUUAAUCCAACAGGUUCUAUCGAAUAAAAAUUUAUUUAAUAUAUCAAGAUGUAGAAACCAUAAUCUAUGAGAGCAAUUUUGUUUAAAGUAUUACUACUAUAACUUUUCCUGCCUAAUCUGUUUAAGGAUUUAAAGUACAAUCUUAAUGGAAAUACUCAAAAUAGUGGGCUUUAUAUAAUAAAAGCAGAAGCUUAUAGUCUAAACUAAUUUCGGCUAAAGUUUUGAACCACAAUUUUUAUUAUUUAAUUAUUAAAGUAUUUUUAUUGUCUUAUUAUAAUUCAUAAUUAUUACAAUUCCAUAAGAAAAUUCUUCAUUUUUCAAUCAUUUGUGAUAUUUCAAAUAUUCAUUUAAGUCUGAAUUCUUUUAGAUAGAUUAGGCAUCCUUUGUUUUAGAUCCCUAUUUUGUUCUUCAAUUCAAAUUCAACAACGACUAAUAUUUCUAGACAAUUUUAAAAUGUAGCAGACCAAAGGUUUUUGAUUGCAACUCCAUCGCUAAUCGAGUGCACUAGUGGAGUUGUUUUGCCGAAGCAAGUUUGGAAUAAAUUAAAUGAAAUUAAAUAUAUUUUGUAUAUGUUGAAUAAAAUCAUUAAUCAUUGUAUGCAUAGAGUUGUUUUACAUUAAAUUCUACUACAACAAUUACAUUUACAUAAAUGA